GGGGGUCUCGGUGGUGGAGCUGUCAAAGAGGAAAAACACGAGGAGGGGCUCCGUCCAGCACGCCCUGCUCAUUUCUUAUUCAAAUAUUUUAUUUUUUCUCUCUCCGGUUCUCCGAGGCUCGGGCUGCUCUGCUCCUCCGGUCUCCGGGUCCUGACGGGGGGACAGCAGAAGAAGGUCACAUGUACGGACGCGCAGCUGAAGAAGUGACCUCCGCAGGGAGGGGGUGAGAUCAGCCAGAGAUCAGCUGCUCUGUGGGAGGUUUUUUAUUUUAUUUAUUCUUUAAUCCGCGGCCUUGCUCAGGUCUCCGGUUACCGCAAUGCCUCACGGCCUGGAGGAGGAAGAGCUGGGGGAGGAAGGCAAUAAGAUGAGGAUUUAAAAGGUAAGUUAAGAAAACUAAACCUGGUCCAGGUCUGGGUUUGGAUGGGACCGGUCGGCACAAAGUGUACUCUCUGAGCUCCAGGAGUGAUGGGGGGGCUCUGACUCAAGCAGCGUCGGUGUGAUGGCUAAAAUGUCAAAUGGGGUGAGUAGGGAGGCUUUCUGCUGACAAAGUUCUUGGACUCUGACUGGACCGGACUGCUGCAGCACCACCAUGGGACAGGACUGCGCAGGAACUCUAACACCGGCCGGCGGGGAGUUUGGUGCAUGAGCUGAUUUCCCUCCUCUGCUCUGCUCUGCUUCUGCCCACAUACACUUGUUUUAAAGUGGAGAACAUCCUCCUCAUCAUCAUCUUCCUCACACACACACACACACACACACACAGAAACAUGCCCUCGCCCUCAGACUCCAGCAGCGUGGCCUCGGGCUCUCGCGGUUGGUCCGACAGCCGCAGAGGCAUGUCGGGCAGGGGGCCCGGCGGGGCCCGGCUGCUCCUGUACCUGGGUCUGUGCCACCUGGGCCUGGGAGCCAUGGUCCUGGGCUUCUCCUUCACCAGCAUGGCCUUCACCUCCUCUGCUCGGGUCAGGCAGUCCUGUCCAUUCUGGGCCGGCUUCUUUGUGGUGGCGUCGGGGAUAGUCGGGAUAAUCUCAUGGAGGAGACCUUUGACCCUGGUGGUGUCUCUGUUCAUGCUGCUGUCGGCGGUGUGUGUGAUCCUCAGCCUGGCCGGCUCCAUGCUCUCCUGUCAGAACGCACAGAUGGUCAAGUCUAUGCUCACCUGCCAGGUGGACAACGGCCUGUGUGUGUGCUGUGCACCCACUCACCCCUGCUCCAUCGAGGCGGAGGACACGCUGGUCCUCUACCUGAAUGUGGACUGCCACUCAGUCAGACAUCAUCUAAAAGACCUUUUAUUCAGCGCGUGUGGUCUCAGCAUCCUGUCCACCAUCAUCUGCACGCUGUCCACUGUGACCUGCAGUAUUCACAUCUUCUCCCUGGACCUCGUGCACCUGUUGGCUCCACAUCGCUCUCGGUCCGUCAACCCAGAAUGCACCACUCCUCAGGACGCCUUCCUGACCAACAUCAUGGACUUUGAGGAGUUUGUUCCCCCCAUCCCUCCACCGCCCUACUACCCUCCUGAAUACACCUGCAGCUCCGAGACAGAUGCUCAGAGCAUCACCUAUAACGGCUCAAUGGAGAGCCCGGUUCCUUUGUACCCCACUGACUGCCCCCCUCCUUAUGAAGCUGUGAUGGGCCAGAGAGCUGCCAGCCAGGCCACGGUGUUUGAUGCCCACGGCACUGAGCUGUCUGGAGAAAGAGGAACAUCUACAGCCUUCAGUGGAGAAGUCUCCAUGGACAGCGGGUCUCUGCUGAUGUCAGAGAUCGUGGACAUACCCGACGACUCGUCGCCCUCUGAGGACUCCUGUUUGUUGGAGGUGGGGCUGAGGAACCAGGGUGACAGGUGCAACAGGACCACCAGCGACAGGGGCGACUUGAGUCUUCGCAGCUCUUUGACCCAAACGCCAGAGAGUCCCCUGGCAGGAGGGCCGAGAGCCAGGAGGUUCCUUCGAGGAGAACGCUCCAACUCCUGUUCGUCACCAAGCACAGCCUCCACCACGUACAGGUCUCCAGUGCUGCGUCGCCAGGCCAUGUUGACGAGCAGCUGCUCUCAGCUCGAAGCUGUAGGGAGUUCCCUCAACCCACAGGGGUCUUCCAUCCCGGAGAUUCGAGUGGACCCUUCCACUCCCAUAAACCGAGGCUCCGCCCCUGCCUCCUCCAGCCCUCCCUCUUUAUGUUUCCCUGCUGUUGGCGAGCACGGAAACGUAACGCCCGUCCCUCACCAGCCCCUCUACCUUCGACGCCGGGCCGAGCGGAGCCUGAAGGACAGAGGGAGGAGGCAGAGCGAAGGCUUCCUACGCCUCACCAGGUCCCACAGCGAGCCGGGCCUCGGCUCAUCCACGGACACAGUUGAUUUUGGUUCUGGAGGCAGCAAAGCAUCUACAGACACAGCUCCGUCCUCAGAGGCGUGUUUGUUGCCUCGAACGUCUCUGCCUCCCGCUGCAGCUCUGCCCAGCAAAGGCAGCAUAAAGUCAGCGGCAGUGGCUACGGGGGUGCAGGUCCCCACGAAACCUGCGGCCACUUCCCCGCUGCGCUUACCCAAAGACUGCCACCGCUCUUUAGGAGACCUGAAGGUGACUCGAGUUCUGGUGGCUCGUUUCCUGCAGCGAUCCAAACGGAAUCUGGGCCCCUCGUCAGAACACGCUGGGAGCGCAGGGCAGGGGUCGAAGAGGAGGGGCGGAACUGAGGCUGCUGUUACCCAUCACCUGUCGUCUGAGCAGGUGUUGCGGACCCCUUGGAGCAGCAGCCGAGGACACGCCGCCCACCACCCACAACACACCCAUCACCGCGGGCACCACCACUCCCACAGCGACAGCCGACACAAUCGGCACCACGGCAGUCGGGCGCCGGAGGGGAUCCACCUGCGCAGCUGCGGCGACCUGAGCUCCUCCUCGGCGGCGUCGCUGCGUCAGUUAGUGCCGGCCCACCACGGGUCGUCCGGAGCGCUCUACUCCGAGUCUGCACUGUGAGGACUGGGUGUGGGGGGGGACAGAUGUUCUGAACAGACGGGGUUCCCUCUGCGUCGCUCCCAUUAGCUGAAGCCCUCUGUGCACACGGCCUUACUUUAUGGUGCUCCUCGUUAACCCGACAUCAGCCCAGACGUCCCUCAUAAUGACUCAGCAAAAAGACAAUUCAGAGACGAUAACCAUUCAGAGCACAGCAAAACUGUGGACUGCGUCGUGCUUUUGGUUCUUCUCAUCCACCAGAUCGCAAAGGAGGCAGUCCUGAUUCUGUCUUCCAUUCAUAAAACAUAUAAAAGCACCAGUGAACAUGAGGACAGUUCAGGAAAAGAUGAAGUAAUGUAGAAAACCCCUCUUCUGUAUUUAUUUAAUCAUUUAUUUUUGGCUGGGGGUUGUUUUAGUUUUCACCUACAUGAAGACCACCACAGACACGCACUCGGUGUUUGAAACGACGGCUUGAUUUGAGCGUGUGCAUGUGUGGUUUUUUUGUUUGUUUUGUUUUUUUGCUGCAGCAGGAAUCGUGUGUACUCGAUUCUGCCUGUUUGUGUAACUAAGUAACAAGUUCUUAGAAUGUCUUUAUCUGCAUGUUUGCUUCUUAUUU